AUGGCGUCCAGGUCGGCGACCAUCCCGCAGGCGGAGCGGCUGUUUGAUGGGAACAUGCACAAGUCGGAUGUUUGGUCCAUCUUCACCCCCGCCAAUGUCCCCGCAGACACCAUCAACCUCGGCCAGGGGUUCAUGAACUGGGCUCCACCCCGGUGGAUCAUGGACGGCCUCCACGAAGCCAUGACGUCCGAAGUCAUGAUCAACCACUACUGUCACCCUCGGGGCCGGCCAAAGCUCAUCAAGGCGUUGAAGAACCACUUUUCGCCCAAAUUUGAGAAUCUCGUCAAGGAGGGCAGGGAGUUGAAGGAUACCGAGAUCAUGGCUUCGGCGGGGGCGAACUGCGGCACGUACGCCGCACUGGUCGCCCACGUCAACCCAGGCGAAGAAGUCAUCCUCUUCGAACCCUUCUUUGACCAAUACUUUGCAUCCAUCAAAUUCCAAGGCGCCAACCCCGUCUACGUCCCCCUCCACCCACCCACAUCCACCACCGGCAUCACCUCCGGCGCCGACUGGUCCAUCGACUUUACCGAGCUCCGGAAGGCCUUUGGACCCAAAACAAAAGCCAUCAUCGUCAAUACGCCACACAACCCCAUUGGCAAAGUCUUCACCCGGGACGAAUUGACCAAGAUUGCCGAGCUGUGCGUCGAGUUCAACGUCAUGUGCCUCGCGGACGAGGUGUAUGAUUGUAUGCUGUAUGAUAAUGUGGAGCAUGUAAGGAUGGCGAGUCUGCCGGGGAUGUGGGAGCGGACGAUCACGAUUGGGUCGGGAGGGAAAUCGUUCGCUGCUACCGGAUGGAGAAUCGGAUGGCUCAUCGGCGACACCCCCCUCAUAUCCGCCACCCUCGCCGCCCACUCCCGCCUCGUCUUCUGCACCAACGCCCCCCUCCAAGACGCUGUCGCCCUCGGUCUCGACCACGCCGCCGAGCACUCGUUCUGGGAAGAUCAACUCUCGGCAUACCAAGAACGCCGCGAUAUCCUGUGCUCGUAUUUCGACCAGCUCGGCCUGAGCUACACGAAGCCAGAAGGAAGCUACUUUGUGUUGGUGGAUAUGAGUCCGGUACAGGUGCCCGAGAGCUUUGAGGUGCCGAAAUUCUUGACGGAUGGAGGGAGGGGGAAGGACUUUGUGAAAUGUUGGUGGAUGUGUCAGGAGAUUGGGGUGGUGGGGAUCCCGCCCUCUGAGUUCUACUGCAAAGAACAUGAAAAGAUCGGAGAACGUUUCGCUCGAUUCGCAUUCUGCAAAGACCCAGAACUCCUCCAUGCCGCCGGCAAGCGCUUGCUCAGGCUCAAAGAGUACAUGGAUCCGUUACACAAGACCGGGGCGAACGGGGCGAACGGGACGGCUGCAUGA